AUGGGAAAGCUACACAACAGACGCCGUACAAGACUGAGAGCAAACAAGGAGGCUCAUCAUCAGGCAAUCCCUAUACCACUACUUUCUACUCAAGCCAUGCCUACGAUUGACCACGACACAUCUUUCUGUCAUGAGCGUUCAAACUUUCCAUCUUCUAACGACAACAAACAAUUUCAUGUCAACCAGCAACACGAGGUCCUCCAUACUCAGUUCUAUGGCACAGAGGAGGGUGAUGAAUCUGGCGAUCUCUGUCCUUUGAUGCUUCAGGUCGUCCUAGACUUGUUUGAUGGAGUUGAUUAUGAAGACCCAUGA